GUGUGCAGCCAAUGUGAGACAUCAGGAAGUUAAUAUGAAAAGAGUAUUCUUUCAUUUAAUUUUGUGUUUGAUAACAAUUGGAUAUAAAUCAUGUAGUUAUGCAGGAUACAUGAAAGAGCAAGUUGAGGUUGCUUUUAAGUGGAAUAGAGUUGAAUUUGUAAGUUUACCUCAACCAGCUGAUUCCUGGGUUGGUCCCUACAGAUAUUUUAUCCCGGAAAAUAAUGAUAUUGUUGGGUUAGGAUAUCAUCCAGCUAGUGGAUUAAUGGUCGUUACAUUAGAACGUCUAAGACUAGGUGUUCCAGCGACAAUAGCAGCCUUUUGUGUGAAGGAGUACAGAUUUGGAUCAAAUCCUAAAUUCUGGGCUUUUCCAAACUUUGAAAUUCAAGCCAUGAGAGCAUCAGAUUUUACCAGUCAAAGUAGAGGAUUGUCCAAGAAAUCAUUCAAUCAAGGAAAGAAUAUAUACAAUUGGAACUCAUACUACGAAGGAAUCUACAACGGAAGUUAUCAUAAUCUAUAUCAGAAACCAAUUAAUAAUUACAAACCAACCUAUCUAGAACCAGCAAUACUUGCCCAAGAUCCCUCUUCAAAUGAUUUUCGAAUUAUUUCAGUUUAUGAGGUGAUGAUGGAUGAAAAGUGCAACAGAGCUUUCUUUCUAGACGCCGGCAUGGUACAGUAUGAUAAUGUUUCAACAAUUAUUCAAAAGCCUGCAAUUCUAGUCUAUGAUCUCCCCUACAAUGGCUGCCAAACAAGGAACUUCCAACUAAUUCGUCGUGUUGAAUUUCCCGAUGAUUUAGCAACAAUGAGUCCUUACUCCAACUUCCAUAUGACCCUUGAUUUUCAAUCAAACCAAUGCGAUGAUCUCUACAUCUACGUUGCUAACUUUUUCGGGCAUUUAAUCGUAGUUUAUGAUUACAAAAGAAAUGACUUUUGGUACUUUACGGGUCAUCCGUCUUUUCAACCAGUUGCGUCAGAAUCCUACAUUGUCUACGAUGAGACUUUGGAUUUCCUUCUACCCGUAGGAAUUUACACCAUAGCUCUGGGAUAUCGGGACAAGAAUGGAGAUCGUCCAGCUUACUAUGUAGCAGGAGCAAGUACAGCCCAAUACGUAGUGUCUACCAAAAUCCUCAAGGAUAAGAGGAAGUCUCCUACAAACUACAAUGCAAAUGUUUUUAAAAUUAAGGGCUACCGUGGAUGCUUCAGUCAAGCUUCAAAAAUGGCCGUAGACUACACCUAUGGGGUUGUUUUCUACGCAGAACUCCAAUCUAGGCGGAUUAGCUGUUGGAAUGUGAAUAAACCCCUCAAUCCGGACAAUAUUGGGGUGAUUUAUGAGUCAGACGAACCAUUCUUCCCCCUUGCAAUGUUCAUUGACUCUCACGGGUAUCUCUGGUUUAGUUCCGGGCGGGUAGUUUACCUCUUCUUCACAUCCUGGCCCAUUGAUUUAAAUGAGAAUAAUUUUAAUUUUUACCGCAUAAAAGUUUCAGAUGCAAUUAAGGGGACUAUUUGUGAAGAAUGAGGAUCGAAAUGGAAAAAAUUCUAUAUUUUCUUUUUAAGAAAAGAAUUUUCUUGUCUCAAUUCUCUUCUCAACAUCUUCAGAAAUAAAUGAAAAUUGUUGAAAAAAAAGGUGAAAGAAAGAGGACGAAUACAGAGAAUUCAAUAAAAUAUUUUAAAACAGAA